CUAACUUUAACUAGAUGUCAAUACGGUCACACCGCUGCAAUUUAUAAGCAUGUGGACUGGACUGUCGCAUUCUGCGCUGUCAGCUAUAAUACUCUGCCACUUUGAAGUGCUGACUCCUAUUUAUGUUAAAAAAUGGGCGAUGCAGAUCCUUUCAGCAACGCUCCUGGUGUCGGACGAUCUCUCGAUGAUGCUGCAAGAUAUACCGCUCUUGAUGCACGGUGGCGAAACUCUGGUUGGCUAAGGUGUCGACGUUUCCAUAAGUGUGGCGAAUCUUCUGGCCGAUAUACCCAAGGUUCCAGCUACGAGGGCGUUACAUUAUUAUAUACAGAGCUUUUAUGGUUAUAGCCCGGUCACCAGAGUAAAUAGAUCAACAGGAGAAAGCAGAGAAAUAUGAUUCUAU